AUGGCCCCACGACGCUCCCACACAAAGUCGCGUCAAGGUUGCGUUACUUGCAAACAACGACAUGUUCGUUGUUCAGAGGAUGGCCCGCCUUGCAAACCCUGUCGAAUCCGAGGGACUCCGUGCGUAUACGCUGCCGCUACAACAGUGACUCAAUCUCCUGUUCAACGCGAUAGCAAGAAACCCCCAAAGCCGAUCACCGCUCCCAUACAAGCACAGAGAUCAACCCGGUCACCCGAACACGAUUCUCGCCCCUCAGAGGAUGAACCGCCACUGUUCCCGGGCCAGCUUGAUAAGCGGUUCUUCGAGCUUCAGCUCAUGAACAGAUAUUCGACCACCACGUACAAGAGCAUGUGCACCCCGGUCGCCGAGGAUGACUAUUUCUGGCGCACGAAAGUACCGGCAAUGGCUCUACACUUUGACUUCUUACUAGAUGGGAUUUUCGCGGUGACUGCCUUCGAGAUUGCCGCCACAUACGACAACGACAGUUAUGUCGAUGCUGCGUUCGAAUUUCAGACGCGAUCGAUCAGCGCCUUCAGGCGUCACCUAGACCAUGCCCCUCCCGGGACCAUCGAGCCAAUGCUUUGCUUCUCCCUAAUGAUCAUGAUUCUCGCGCUGGCUUCGGCUCAGACCCAACCGGACGCGGCCUCCAGUCUGAACCUGGGCGGUAACGACAUUCUUCAAAGCACCAUCACACACUUUGAGCUGCUAGAAGGGGUUUGGGCUAUUGUCGGGCGGAACGCCGAUUACCUGGCAAACUCACCAUACAUCAGUCGAUUGAAGCUUUUUGAGGAGCUGCCGUUGACGACGCUCGACCCAGAAAUCGAAAGCGCCUUUUCGAAAUUGAGUGACUAUAACGAAGCUAGGAUUGGGUCAACGGUCAAUGAAGCGUACGAACACCGAGUCAAUCAGAUUUCCUUGUGGGAGACCUGUAAGAAGGCUCUGUCGAUGCUUCGAGAGUGUUUCGCCAAAUGUGCGGAUGAAACCUACAGCGGAUAUACUUUGGGUUGGCUCAACAUGGCCGGAGAUAACUAUAUCAAAGCCAUCAAAUCAGGGGAUACCACCUCCCUUUUGUUGUUGAUGUACUGGGGAGUUCUCUGCCAAAAAUCCGGCCAUCAGGCUUGGUGGGCGCGGAGCUACGGAGGUCUCCUUGUAGACGAGCUUGUGAGGACCAAAUUGGCCAAUCUCACAGACCCCGAAAUGAAAGCUCUAGUUACACUGGCGCAAGAAAGAGUCCGACAGUAUAGGUCUAAAGCUGCAUCCUGA